AUGUCGUUUUUAGGGGUCCCAACUUCGCUCGGCCAUGCGGUACAUAAACUGGCCCUCUGGGUACUUUUCGCCGUCAUCUUCAGCUCCAUCGUAAGAUUCAUAUUGCUCGUCGACCUCAACAAGCGAGUAUACAACCAUGCGCCCGGCCCAUGCCGACUCAUCCACCAAAUCACAAACGGAUCGGCAGGACUAGAAUUCUUGACGGCCGAAAAUCUUGUUUUCAUUACCACUGGGUUGGCAAAAUAUCGAGGUGUUACUAAUACUAAAUCCGGGCUUUUCACCUACUCAUUCCCGCCCCCUUCUGAUCAACCGGUUCGCCAUGAUGCUCAAGAAGUCAAGAUCGACAACUUUUCAUUGCAACCGAAUUGUGUGGAAAGCUUUUCCUACAAUCGCGAGAAGCGGGUGGCCACGCAUCGGAAAUCAAUUUGCGACCCCAAAUUUACGAGUCUACAAGACAUUGUCGUCGUUGGGCCGGAUCGGUUCUUCGUCACAAACACCCAUUAUACCCGUCAUAUACUGUUGCAAACGGCCGAGGCAGCCUUUCAGGCUUCAUCCGGCUCGCUGUAUCUAUUUGACGGUAAAACGGUUUCUUCGGCGGUUCCAUGGCUACCCACGCCGGGCGGGCUGGCCUUUGAUUCAAAGCGGAAUCUGCUCCAUGUUGGGCUGAUUCUAUCUGAGGCAAUCCGUGUCUAUUCCAUUUCCCCUUCGCUGGCUCUGACGCAGAAAACGGAGAUCUCGCUUCUGUCAUCGCCAAUGGGCAUCCAAAUCGAUGAGCAAUCUGGUGAUAUCUGGACAGCGCUAUUGCCAGUUGCCCACGAUGCCUUCUUUCAUCUCUCCGAUCCAGGGGAAGCUAGGAUAAAGGCUGCCUCGCAAGUUCUUAGGAUUCGGAUGCAAGAAGACGGCAUUUCUUGGGUAAUAACCGAGCCCUAUGCGAACGACGGCGCAACAAUUUCCGGUUCGGUUUCUGUCAUCUAUUUCCAAGAACAGAUGCUGAUCGGCUCGUUAUUCGGACGCUUGCUUCACUGCGACGUCGUCAACCCGCUCAUUACG